ACUCUUUCCCUCACAAAAUUUAGCAUAUCAAUUAAGCUAAAAGAGUGAAAGUUGUCUUAAUGAAUGAUAAAGUUAUUAUCACCAAUUAAAAAAUCACGAAGUUAAGUCAUCAAUAUAAUUUUCUAAAAAAAAAAUAUAAAGUAAUCUAGAUCCUUAUAGUCUGAAGUAAUUUAUAAUGAGAAUUUUAGUGAAUUUCGUUGGCUAAAAAUAAAAUCUGAGAGAAAACUAUGAGGAAAAAAGAAAAAGAAGUUACACGUGUUUCAACAAGAAGCACAGAUUUCAUUGAAUCGCCAAAACUCAAAUUUUAUUCAUCCCCACAUCACAAAUCUUGUUUAGAUUCUACAAAAUUCCAUUCUCUCGUAUAUAACACCCAACACAAAUUUCACUACACACAACAACACACUUUGAAUGAACUCAAAACAACCUUAGAACACAAGAACAAAUUGGAAGAAAAGUAAGCUAAGUUUCCAGUCUGUUUGAAAUGCCCACCAUUUAUUUGAGCAGAACACCUCCAUGUGUUACCCUUUUUCCUUCCAAGAUUCAUUUUUGCCUUUCAAAUUCACCUGUUAAUUCAUUCUUGUAUAGUUUCAAACCCAAAAGAUUUCAUUUCUUGAAACCAUGUUCUUCCUUGAGGGAAACCAAGAAACAGCAGACCCUUUUGAAGACACCAAACAAAACACCUCAGAGUUUAAGGAGGCUGCUUAAAAAUGAUGAUGAGAGUGACAGUGGGUCAGGAGAUACUGGUAAUGAUGCUAUUAAAGGUACCAUUUUGGCUGGCCUUUUGAUUGUCGGUGUCGUUGGGGGAUUUGGUACUGUGGGGUACAUUUACAAGGACCAGAUCAAUGCUUUCUUGAAUCACUUCUCUGUCUUUAUUGAAGGUUAUGGGCCAGCUGGAUAUGCUCUUUUUGUUGCAGUUUAUGCUGGACUAGAAAUCCUUGCAAUACCUGCCAUUCCAUUGACCAUGUCGGCUGGUCUUCUAUUUGGCUCUGUCACUGGGACCAUCAUUGUUUCCAUUAGUGGAACGGUGGCAGCAAGUGUUGCGUUCUUGAUUGCCAGAUAUUUUGCUCGCGAACGUAUUCUUAAGUUGGUCGAAGGGAACAAGAAAUUUCUUGCAAUAGACAAAGCAAUUGGAGAAAAUGGUUUCAAAGUUGUUACUCUUCUCCGUUUGAGCCCUUUGCUUCCAUUUUCUCUUGGGAAUUAUCUUUAUGGACUUACUUCAGUUGAGUUUGUACCAUAUGUUCUAGGAAGUUGGCUAGGAAUGCUUCCUGGAUCAUGGGCUUACGUGAGUGCAGGUGCAUUUGGCCGCGCAAUUAUUCAAGAAGGAUCUGAAAUUAGCCUAGGAGGAGGAAACCAGCUAUUGACCCUUGGGGUUGGUUUAUUGUUUACAGCACUUGCUGCUGCUUAUGUAACGCGGCUCGCCAAGGACGCUGUUAAGGAUAUUGAGUAGGCAGAGUUACUGUGCCCUAAUCAAGUUGAGCUUACAUGCCCUUUUAUCAACAUGCACAACUAAAAAGGACAGCUUCCGCUUUACAAGUACAACUGCCUCGUGUAAACUGAAAAACGUUAUAUUGUUGAUAAAGUCAGAUAGGAAAAGUUGAACUGUAUCAACUUAAUUGUAUCAUAUCCUUGUGUGCAAGCAUCGCAUUGCUAAUGUCUCUCGUUAACUACCUCUGCUGGUGAACUCAUGUUAGGGGAAACAGAACACAAAAGUAAUAGAAGGAUUUUGCGCCCUACUUGAGCUUAA